AACAAGAGCUGUUGAAUGGAGCUGGAACUCAUGAUGGACAGCGGUGCGGAAACCCUGAACGGAGCGAUGUGGUUCGCCAACACGUCGUCUCCGUCGUACGACCAAUUGUCGCCGGUUCGUUCAAACAGGUGCGACGUCCCUCACCAGACUAUAAUGGGAUAUCAUAGUCCGCAAAAUUCUCUAUGGCAAGACAAGCAUAACUCACCGAAAAAUUCACCGACUGACAGUGAUCAGAUGCAUUUAAAUGACGGCUCCCCGCAACAACUCUCGUCUUCCGGAUCAUCUCCAAAUUAUGACCAAAACAAUCUGAAGCGUUGCUCCACAGAACCGUUGCAACGUAUCGUGGAACUCGAGAAGAAACAUAGCAGAAGAGAUGGAUCCAUCGGGAGCAAUGGCUCCGGUCAAGGUUGGUCCACGCAAGUGGAGGAACUGGCGGAGCACCUUGCCGCCGAUUUCGAUGGAUCGUUAUCCGCUCUCGCGGCUUCUGAUCUCGCAACAGCUGUCGCCUCGUACACUAAUAUGAGCGAAGCCCUCCUUACUCUACCAUCGCUAACGGUCUUUAAGCAGGAGGCGCCGUCGCCUGAGAAUCAGCACAAUAAUCCCAAUUUGAAUCACGUGUCGCAAAGGACGAUCGCUACAGCAGCGUCCAACAAUGGAAACGUCGGCUCCGUUGAGGCUGACAGCAACAACAAUGGCCAAGCCGCCGCCAGUCUUCAUCAACUUUUGUACUCCUCGAACGAGGAGUAUCCGCCAACAUCGACCGCCAAUCACGUUUCUUCUUCCCAGCAGGGAAACGACUUGAACGAGGAUUGCCGCUUCCAGUACGUCUUAGCAGCCGCUACCAGCAUCGCCACUAAGGUUAACGAAGAAACUCUGACGUAUCUGAACCAGGGACAAUCGUAUGAAAUCAAACUGAAAAAAUUGGGCGAUUUGUCUGCCUAUCGCGGGAAGAUUCUGAAGUCGACGAUACGCAUCUGCUUCCACGAACGCCGAUUACAGUAUACGGAACGGGAACAGAUGCUGGCCUGGCAACGCGCUAGGCCAGGGAGAUUGCUGGAGGUUGACGUUCCUCUUAGCUACGGGAUGGUGGACGUCUGUCAACCGUCGCCGUCCAACAACAGCGUAGAGUUUAUGUGGGAUCCCACGAAAGAAGUCGGCGUUUAUAUUAAAGUUAAUUGUAUAAGCACUGAGUUUACACCGAAGAAGCACGGUGGCGAGAAAGGCGUUCCCUUUCGGAUUCAAGUGGAGACCAAACUGCCGGGGGGACCGCGUCUACAUGCCGCCUCGUGCCAGGUAAAGGUCUUCAAAUUGAAGGGAGCGGAUCGCAAACACAAGCAGGAUCGGGACAAGAUAUUGAGACGACCUCUUCACGAGCAGGACAAAUAUCAGCCCAGUUACGACUGCACCGUCCUCUCCGAUAUUCCUCUGGAGUCUUUAUCGCCUUCAAGCUUGCCGACGCAAAACAGUGGAAGUCCGUUUGCCUCAACAGAUGCAAUAUCGCCUCAGACACGCUCGACCAUCGCUGGUAAUUCUUCCCCGGUUGUAGCGCCGCUAGCACUUUCGAUUUCUAAUUCCGGUAUCGUACCGUUGGUCCCCGCUUCGGACGCCGUGAAGGAAAACGUGGGAACGGCGCCGGCCUUGCCAUCGCCUGCGGCAAUAUUACCGGACCAGUCUUGCAUUGAAGCCGAUGUUAGUUUGGCUGCGCACACACACAAGGCUCCGCAACCAUUAAUCGAAUCUAUGAGAACAGGCACCCCGUGUCUUACGGAAUUGUCACCGGAUGCAAACGCCACGCAGACAAUUGCGUGGCUUCGCGCGAGUCGAUUCAACGCGUUCGAAUCGACAUUCGCGAGCUUCUCUGCAUCGGACAUCCUACGUUUGUCUCGGGAGGAUCUCAUCCAGAUCUGCGGAGUGGCGGAUGGCAUUCGGCUGUUCAACACACUUCACUCCAAGGCACCGACUCCGAAGCUCACCCUCUAUUUCUCGUUGGAAGGCAACGGCUCGCUCUGGAGAGUCACCUACCUCGACAAUCUUACGAGCAUCGCGCUGACAAGCAAGCUGCUCAAUACUUUAAACUUGUCGCAUGAUCGACUGCACUCGAUACUGUUCCUAGGUCCACAGGGUAUACACGUGUUGGUCACCGACGAGUUGGUAGCGAACAUGAAAGACGAGAGUAUGUAUCUCGUCGAGAUGAUCAAAGAUCCGGCCAGCGAGCGUUAUAAAUUACUGAUAAAGUCGAAAACUCUUUGAACAAUUUUUGAUAUUUUAUUUUAUAAAGAUACAAGUAAUAUAAUAUAUUUACAAUGCACAUAACCGCGGAUACAGAAAAAUAUAAACUAAAAUGAUAAAAAUAAUAAUAUUAUAUGUAAAAAAAGAUAAUUAUGUUUUGCGAAAAGAUAAGAAAGUAUAUAAUAGAUUUGGAAAUUCUGCAACGUUGGAAAAAGCCAAUUAAAAUUUUAAUAUAAAUUAAAUUUUGUAUUGUAUUUACAAUACACAUAACCGCGGAUACAGAAAAAUAUAAACUGAUAAAAUGAUAAAAAAAAGAAUACUAUUUAUGUAUUUCAAAAAUUGUAUUUUGAAAUUAUUUAUAUUUGAAACGUGUACAAAUUUUUAUUAAUGAUUUAUGGUAUUAUAGCUGCUUUAUCUUGAUGAAUAUUAAUUGCCUCGAUAUCCAUCUGGAUAUCAAGCCAUAUUUGUAACAUAACCGAAACAUACUCACUUAUAUGCUGAUUUAAUCCAAUAUCCUUUUUUAAGUAUAAAUAUAUUAGUAAAGAAAAAAAUGAUUAUUGCCAUUGCGUUAUAUUGCCACUAUAUAUUUAUAGUGCGAAUAGUUGAACUUUUUAAUCUUUGAUCAGUCCAAACGUAUAUGAAUCGAAUUUGUACUGAAUUCAAAUAUAUUUCGAACAUUUUGGGCCACUCUAAGUUUUUUAUGAAUUAAAAAAAAAAUAUGAGAUAUCAUAUUUUAUAUUUUCUUUAAAAAGACAGAUUUUUUUAGGAAAUUAUGUAUUAUUCCAUUUAUUGUAUAAUAUACGCAUCCUAGAUGCAUAUUACUUGAGCGCACGAAAAAGCGAGAGAUAGAUAUAAGAUAUACGAAAAUUUUGUGCAAUUAUACGUUGUAUUAAAUAUUCUGAGAUUAUGAUUAUUGCGAGUACAAAUUAGAUUUUUUGGACGAAUGGAAAGGUGCCGAGCAUCUAUAAGAUUUCGAUUUUUAGGCCGCAUGGAAUUGACGAUGAGUUUGGAAAAAGUAUUUAACGCGCUUAUAUGUACAUGUACAUAUAUAUUAGAGUUGAGUAAAAAAUGAAAAGACAAAAAGAGAUUAAAAGUAUGUUUGAGAUUGUUAUUCUUAGUGCAAUUUAUGAAAACAUUCGGUUUUCGAUAUAUGUGCCACGUUAAAAGUAAGUGUAAAAUCUCUUAAUGUUGUAUAUAGUUGUUACUACGUUAUAUAUUCGUUGAUUUAAUAAGUUGUUUUCAUCAUUUUUCUUGUUAUAUAUGUUUCUUUUAACACAUGUUAACAUUGUUAUUAAAAUAAAAAGAAAUUGCGUUAUAAAAAAUUAAUAAUAAUCAUUAAGAUAUGUUUUAUAUCAUAAAACGUGCAAUUUAAGAAAUGCAAUUUACCAGUGCCUUAAAUAAUAACGUGCCAACAGACACACAUAUUUACGAUAAGUGUUUACAAUAGUAGGCACAUACAGUAAAUUAUAUGAAAGAAAAAUAUUUUCUCAUAUUUUCUUAUAACACGAAUAUUACGGUAAGGGAGAGAUGGUUUUUUUUAUAAUAUUUAUGAGAUUAUGCAAUAUUUUUACAAAUUUUAUGAAAUAUGAGAUGUUUAUACAUACAUAUAUAUAUAUAUAUAUAUAUAUAUAUAUAUAUAUAUAUACACAUACAUAUAAAGUUACAAUUAUGUUUUGCAGUACUAAUUUAAAAUGCAAAGAUCAAUGCAGUUUAUUAUAGAAUUGUUAAAUAAUCUGUUAAAUAAUACAUUAAGAAUAUAUUGGGAAAGGUAAUUGUGAUUUUAAUGUAGGGAAUGGAAUAAAAUGUACUUCAUAUAUGUUCACACAUAUGUGAUGAAAAGUAUAUUAAAUGAUAAUUGAUUAUCUAACAAAUAAAAUAAUUUUUACUGCGGAGAAUCGCAAUUGUAAUACGUUGGGAUAUCUAACCGUUCGAUGUCAUUUAAAGCUUAAUUAUAUUGUCAUGAAAAGCUUAAUUACAUUGUACCAUAAUUACAAAUAUAAGAAUAAAAACAUAUGUAUGUUAUUUAAUUACA